UGAAUGGAUAUUCCUCAUUUUUUUGCAGCCUAAGAAUGGGUAUCUUCUUGUCAUGCUGUGGUGGAGGCGGGUCCUCUAGCUACCACGAUAUGGACAGUGAUCUUGAUGCAGAAACACGUCGACGACAGAUGGCAGAAGCUGCAGAAAACCGUCUAAAGGCUCAGGAAGGUCGCGGGAUCAGGGACCCGGCUGCACUCAAACAACGACAAAAGCGAAUGGAAGAAAUCGAACGAAAACAAGAAAUGACGGGAGGCAACGACGGUGGACUUCGGUGGCAAGUUGGUUAACAGUACAGAAUUCAAGUUGAAGAACCUCUAAUACCUAUACUGGGAAAUGUCUCACUAGCCUGUGUUCAAGAUUUAUAUGUAUUUUAUCUUCAAGGAUGGAAAAUAGCCUUACGUUUGCCAAGUUUUUUAUUUCACGAAUCUCUUGUUAGGGUUCUCAGUCCCCCCUACCUAUUGCAUUGGAGUAUCGUAGAAUCUGAAUAUCCACGUAAUAUAGUUGUCAUGAUUGUAUCCUUAUACCUGAUACUUCUCCAAACACUUAUUUUAUAAGGUCCCCCAAUUUUUUUUGUCAUGAGGUCAAUCUGAGGAAGAGGAGUAUGCUGUAAGUUACAUGAAUAUGACGCCGUGUUUUAUGUUUGAUUGUAGAAGUCAUUGUCCAUAGAUUAUGUCAUACACAUCUGUUAUAUCAGUCUAUUUCUAGAUAUUGUAGCUUUUAUGGGACACUUGGUUUAGACAGGUUAUUAAAAACUAAUUGUGGUUGGUACAAUUUUUUUUCAUGUGUUAACUUGAUGAUGGCUUUGUGACUGACUUGGUAUAGAUAUUGCCCACACAGUAAAAACCUUGUAAAUAACGAUAACAGUUAAAUAAAUCAAACAAAUAUAUAUAGAUAUAAAGAAUGUCACACAGAACAGAUGUGAGGUUUUAUAGCCAGAGUUGUAUAUUCAGUUUCUGAUUUACAGUUUAGUUGAGCUUCCACAUUGACUUUCAGUUUUUUUUUUUAAGUUGUGAUGUCUUUCCAAGUGUUUUAUUCCUGGAGAGGUGUUUUCAGGGUCUCUCCAGAAUGCUGGAAAUUAUGAGAGCUGAUCUGGCUAUUGUCUUCUAAGCAACUACAGUAUAUGAAUACUUGUACUAAAAACAUAUGUGGGUAAAACAUCAAUUUACUGUCAAAUAAUGAAUCAGGAAACUAGACUAAAGGAAAUGAUAUCAAGUAUAUCAGCUUCCAAUCAAAUAUUGAUUUGCUGAAAGUUGUGAACUAGAAACUUGCUUGCAUCACACACAAGAUGAAAUGCAUGAUAUUGCCUAAAUGUUAUACCUCCUUAGAUGACAUUAAUAGUUUAAGUUAUGAGACAACAAAGAUUACCAAUGGUAGUUAUUCAGUGUGCAAUUAUAAACAAACACGGUUAGGUAGAGAAACAAAUUUUUAACCCCUAAAGGACAAUAUAUGGUAAUUUCCUUCUUCAAAUAUGUAUGAUAUGCAGGACGAAUGACAGCACAAGUCAUUUUCCUUGCCAAUUUCUUCAUUUAUAUACUGUGGAGUUUUGAGUCUCCCUUUCAAUUUAUUUCAGUCGUGAGUGCACGCGCAGCUUUAACCUUUUCCGUCCUUUAAGGGUUAAGUUGAAGAUUUAGUGUAUGACAUUACCAUCGUGUUCAUUCAAAUUAUAUGUCUUGCUGUAGUUUGUUACAUAUACAUUUAUACAUCUCAAUACUGUAUUGCACAUAUGUAUUAAUGUUUUGCUGGUGUUCAUAAUAUAUAAGAUUAUUUACUCUCUUAAAAGUAUGUUUGUAAUUUCAAGGACAAAAGUGCAUCAGUAAUUCCUUAUGAAAGACAAGUCUGAUAAUGUAAAAGAGGUAGAGCAAGCAUGAAAAACUGAUGAUGCAAGUUGCAACAGAUUCAGAUUGACACAGGGCGAGGGACUAAGGUGAAGGUGGCGCAAUUUUUAAUGAUCAUUUGCUUCGAAAUCAUUCUUUACAAUAGUCCAUGUUUUUAAAGAGCAGUAUCAAUACUUUCAGAAAUAUAAUGGAACUCCUUUUUUUCUUUUCUUUUUUUCUUUUUUUUUUU